AUGGAGCUCAACCUCGGUGGCCUGACUGACGGAUGCAAGUUCAAGAUCAGGCCCAGACAGAAGACAGCAAAGCAAGAGCAAGAGCAUCUCAGGAAGUGGGCCCGUGCCGAAUCCAAGCCCCCAGUUUCUCCCCGUGGCCCUGUCUUGGAGUGGAGAGCAUCACGUGAGGUCCCAGCCGAGACAGCCAAAGAGUGGACCUCUGGGACUCUGGGGAUUCUCAGAUUCCGCAACACUCGGCGCCGUCGCGAUACCCACGUCAACCUCGAGCGCGCAUCAGCUGCUGCUCAAGAGACCACAUCACUCCAACCAUCGCGCAUUGUCCGCAUUCUACAUAAUUCAAGCGACAAACAAGUCUCCCCAGACAACCACAACAACGCGACCAGCGUCGACGGGCCCCCUGCAAUAAAGAGCCACAAGCACCUUUGA